AUGGGCAACUGUGCUGGCAGACCUAAGACCGAAGAAAACGAUGCUCCAGUGCCCGUCCCUGAGUCUAUCGUUGAAGAGGUCAAGGUUGAACAACGUGCUGUAGAGACCAACACAGAGAUAACUCCUGAAAUUACCUCUGAUGACAAGUCUCUAGGCACAUUGCUCAAAGAGAAUGAAGAAAAGAAAGUAGAGGUUGAAGCAAAGGAAGAAAAAGCCACUGAGGAGAAGGUUGAAGCCAAGGUUGAAGCUAAGGUUGAAGAGAAAGUUGAAACUGUUGUAGAAGCAAAACCAAAAGCCAUUGAAGAGAAAACCGAAGUUAAGGUUGAGAACUAA